UCGAACAAUCGGUUUUUACCGGCAUUUCUGCAUCGACAUUUGGCUUGUGUUUCCAGGUUCAAUUGUUUGUUUUUAGCAAUAACACACCUUUUCGUAAUGACGGACACUACUGGACCGGCAGUACGCAUGCCAUGGGUGGAGAAAUAUCGUCCAAAUGGUCUAGAUGAUUUGAUAUCUCACGAGGAAAUUAUAUCAACAAUAACCCGGUUCAUAAGUCGCAAGCAACUGCCUCAUUUACUGUUUUACGGUCCACCUGGUACAGGAAAAACAAGCACAAUUUUGGCUUGUGCCCGUCAACUUUAUUCCCCGCAGCAAUUUAAAUCCAUGGUCUUGGAGCUGAAUGCUUCGGAUGACAGAGGAAUUGGAAUUGUGCGAGGUCAAAUCCUUAACUUUGCCUCCACGCGAACCAUAUUCUGCGACACAUUCAAACUGAUUAUUCUGGAUGAGGCCGAUGCCAUGACCAACGAUGCACAGAAUGCUCUUCGCCGCAUCAUUGAGAAAUACACGGACAACGUGCGGUUUUGUGUGAUCUGCAAUUAUCUGAGUAAAAUUAUUCCGGCACUGCAGUCACGAUGUACUCGCUUUCGAUUCGCCCCACUGUCUCAGGAUCAGAUGAUGCCCCGACUUGAAAAAAUCAUUGAUGCCGAAGCUGUUCAAAUAACCGAAGAUGGAAAGCGGGCCCUUCUAACACUUGCCAAAGGCGAUAUGAGAAAAGUUUUGAACGUUCUACAAAGUACCGUUAUGGCCUUUGACAAGGUUAACGAGGAUAAUGUCUACAUGUGCGUUGGGUAUCCGUUGAGACAAGAUAUCGAAAAAAUUUUAAAGGCCUUGCUAUCUGGCAAUAGCUUAGAGGACUCGUUUAAAACUGUCGAAAGUGCCAAGUAUGCAAGGGGCCUUGCGUUGGAAGACAUUAUAACAGAGCUGCAUUUAUUUGUCAUGAGACUUGAAUUACCAAUGUCCGUUAUGAACCAGCUUAUUGUCAAGCUGGCACUCAUCGAAGAACGAUUGGCCAAAGGAUGCACAGAAGUUGCUCAAACGGCAGCCCUAGUGGCUGCCUUCUUUAUUUGCCGUGACAUGGUGUCAAUGGAGAAGUAAAAAGGUUAUUUUCGAACAAUAGAGUAAAAAUAUUAUUAUAAAUAUUAACAUAUAAAAAACAACCAUCUUUGUUUCCGUCUGUUGAUACUUUUAUAUUUUUUCCCUGUGGACUGCGAUGAAAUGAUGGCGUAGACUUCUUUUCGGUUGUUUCAGUUUUCAAACCUCACAAACGAUUUUAAAUAAAUAUGAUUUACGAUUU